CCGUCUAUCGCCGCUUAUAACGUGUUAUUAUUAUGAUAAUAAUUGUUGCAUUAAAAAAAUAUUCUUCCGCUCGUCGCAUCGAGUUUCCCCUCCACUGCUGCCCGACUGCCCGCAGCUUCCGUUAGUCAACCGCAACGCGUCCCCGUGAGUCAUUCCAGAAAUAAACGUUCGGCGCACCCUCCGCAUUGGCCCACACCUGCUGCAGCAGCGGCACUCGCACUCACGUUCUCCAGCCGGUUCGACGACGUUCACCUUCAACUGUGACGCAGGUCACCGUAAUUAAAUUCGUUAUUGGUGCCAACAAUUCGGUCGCUUUUCAUUGAUUUUGGUGCGUGCAGUGGAUUUGAUCUUAGACGACGUUACGCGAUCGUUCGUAUUAAUAUCGUUAUUCCUCCGUCGGUAGUUUCACUGUUUCGUCAACCAUGUGAACAUCACGGAUCACAGUGGAGCGGGAAAACGAACGAUUUGUGUGAUUCAUUAACGUACAAGAACUAUGUCUAAUUACAUUCGUCUUCCUGAUAAUGCAACAUGUACGUGCAGUUACUAAUGAUUCCAAGGAUUUGGCCGAUUGUCAUUAUGAAGCGACCGAAACGGUGAGAAACAUUUUGAAAAAGCAACUGCUCACGGCCGAUCUGUUCCAACAAACGUUUUUGUCCACCAUUCUUACUGCUUUGGACAACCACUCCGACAACAAUAACAGUGUCAUCAAUACUUGGCUGGACACGCUGCUAGAUUUUAUAGAAUUUUUACCUGUUGACUGCUUACAACAAGAGAUUUUACCAUUUGCUAUUGAAAAAAGCAAUAUCUCUAAGACUGAAUCAUCACGUUUGAUAAGUUGUCGGAUUUUCGGAUCUCUUGCCUCAAAAUUAAAUGGAUAUAUUAUUAAACGUGAAAUAUGGCCAUGUAUUUUAUCGCUUUGUCAAGACGAAAGUGUUCUAGUAAGGAAAACUGUUUGCCAAGAGCUAAGUAAAGUCAGUGCAUUUCUUAAAGAUGAUACUGACAACCUAAAAGACUGUGUAUUGUUGCCUGCCAUUGUGGACCUGGCCAAUGAUGCUGAUUAUGGUGUUAAAGUUGCUAUGCUCAAUGUGAUAGUUGAUAUAAUACCAUGCUUUCCGAAGGAAACAAUUAUCACUGUAAUAUUACCUAUGGUUAAAAAAUUAAUUGAUACCAAUAUUAAUAAAAGUACUAUAUUGGUAGUUGCUGUUGCCAAGAAUUAUGGUAUUAUUUGUAAAGCUCUAAAAGAUUAUCUAAAUUUUGAUGAUGUUUCUUGGUUUAUAAAUAAAUACACAGAUUUAUUAAAUGUAGAUCAAAUUUCUGAGCACCCAUGUAAUAAUGACAAUUAUAUUUAUGAACAACCGUAUUUGACUGUUCAAAUGUAUUGUGCUAGAAGUUUAACAGAUAUUGUACUUUUAAGUUCAUCGGACAAGGGCAGUACAACAUUGCUAAUUUUUUUGAUCAAUCAUUUAAUUGAUUUAGUCACAGAUAGUUAUGUGGAGAUAAAAAUAGCGUUAGUUGGUGUUAUCAAAGAAGUUUUAGUGACUCUUAAUGAUAAAGUUGUAUUGAUUUCUUCGGUUUUAAUGAAAUUAUUGUCUGAAAGAAAUAUUAAAGUUUUAAAAGUACUGAUUCCCAAUUUAAGCUUUAUGAUAACAAAAAUGAAAUACCAAGAACAAGUAUUGAAAUCAUUAAUGCUUUUAGAAGAAUAUUUAUGUGCUCAAUACAACUGGAGAUUGUAUACUGAAUUUUUGCACCAGUUAAUGGUAUUACCAACUUGUUAUACAUCCGACCAAGUAUUUCGUGUGGGUAGAGUGAUGUUCGAUAGAUUGGAAUGUAGACAAAAACCAAUCAAAGAAGCUGUUUGCACAUUGUUAUUGACUAUUUUACGUUACAAUUUAGAUGCUAAUCAAAGAACCUUACUGCGCGAACACCUUAUUGACCGUACAGUACAAAGUCCGAGUUUUUAUAGAAGAACAUUUUACAUAUUUAUUUGUCAAGAAGCUUUGAAUUUAUUUUCAACAGCAUAUUUUAAAAAACAUUUUUUUUCAGCUUUGCUAAUGUUAGCAGAUGAUAAAGUAGCAAAUAUUAGAUACAGUUUAUGUAAUAUCAUGCCUAAUUUAGUAAAUAUAUUUAAGAUUUCAACUGAAAAAUCUUUAGUUGAUAAAUUAAUAUGUACUAUAAACAUACUUUUGGUUGAUGAGGACCGGUCUGUUCUGGAACAACGUCCUAUCUUGGAGUACUGCAAUGCUUCUAUUAACCAUAUAAUACAGAGUAAUAAGUCUAUGUCAGAGUAUGCAAAAACUGAUGACGAUAUGAUAAAAUUCAGAGAAGAAUCUUGUUUGUUACUUAUGAAGCCAUCUGAACGUAUUAAUUUAGAUAACAGUGGCAUGUUCUUGAGAAGUCUUAUUGAAGAAAAGAUGUGUUCAAGUCAGAUAGAUGAUUGUUCAAGAAUAUCAAAUGAAGAUGGUAAAAUUUCUUUAGCUAGUAAAAAGGCAUUUAUGUUGGAGUCAGAGUUCAUUAAAGAUACUGGUGUUUCUAUUAACAAAAUGAUGGAGCAUUCAUCAAAAAUACCUACACCUGUGUAUCAAACUCUUGCCGAUACAAAAAAUAGUAAACCAUCCAAAGAAACAAAAAUUUCUCAUUUGCCAAUAAAAAAAGAUAGAAAAAAUUCUCCGGUUUAUCGAUCUCAAAAAAGAUAUGAUAGCAAUGAACAUGUAAUAACUCGAACAACAAAUAUCACUAAAAGAAAUGCAACAUCACGUGGGAAAAGAUUAAGUGUACCUGUAAUGUCUAGUAUCAAUGUUGACAUCACAAAAGAUGCAAAUGGUAACCUAGUAAAGUUUGCAUCCAAAAGACCACAAUCGUGCUAUGUAGAAAAUCAUAUUGUGUCAAAAAAUAAAAUUGAAAAAUCAUUAUCUGAUGAAGCUUUGGAUAAAACAUCUAAGAAUAAACCGUUGAGUCGUCUUCCAAUAAGAAAAUCGCAAGGUAAAUGAAAUGUAGUUUUCCAUUAGGUUAAAAUUGAAACUAUUGAUCUUAUGCCAAAUUAAAAUAUCUUAGCUGUGAUAAAUAUUCAGUAUACGCACCAAAAAUAAAGAAAUCAAUUAUAUUAUUGUAGGUACAAAUGUUUUAACUUAAAAUGUAUAUUUAUUU